UUCCUCCCCCCGCCCCCCAGCCCGGGCCCUCUCCCUCGCUCCCUUUCUUCCUGCCUCGCCUUCCUGCGGCGAAGGAGGCUCAUCUAUUAUAAAUGCACAUUCGGGGCUGACAUCAGCGAGGAGCGGCGGGCGAGCGCCGACGAGCGGUCCCUGCGCGCUGCCCGCCCGGAGCGCGGCCCCCAGGCUCUGCUGAGCCUCCCGCGGGGCGCGGGGAGCGCGCCGAGCCGCGCAGGACCCCCUUCCCGCCUCCGCCUGGGGCCCCCUGCGGACCCCGGCCGCCGCCCCUGCACGCCGCGCUCCCGCACCGCCCCGGAGUUUCUGCAUGACUGUCACAAAGAUGUCCUGGCGUCCGCAAUACCGCAGCUCCAAGUUCCGGAACGUCUACGGCAAGGUGGCCAACCGGGAGCACUGCUUCGACGGCAUCCCCAUCACCAAGAAUGUGCAUGAUAACCAUUUUUGCGCCGUCAAUGCCCGUUUCCUGGCCAUCGUCACCGAGAGCGCAGGAGGUGGCUCCUUCCUUGUCAUCCCUCUGGAGCAGACGGGCAGGAUUGAACCCAACUACCCCAAAGUCUGCGGUCACCAGGGCAACGUGCUGGACAUCAAGUGGAACCCCUUUAUCGACAACAUCAUUGCCUCGUGCUCAGAGGACACGUCGGUGCGGAUCUGGGAAAUCCCCGAGGGCGGGCUGAAGCGGAACAUGACGGAAGCUCUCCUGGAGCUGCACGGGCACAGCCGGCGUGUGGGGCUGGUGGAGUGGCACCCCACCACCAACAACAUCCUGUUCAGUGCCGGCUAUGACUACAAGGUCCUCAUCUGGAACCUGGACGUGGGUGAGCCAGUGAAGAUGAUAGACUGCCACUCGGAUGUGAUUCUCUGCAUGUCCUUCAACACCGACGGCAGCCUGCUCACCACCACCUGCAAGGACAAGAAACUGCGCGUGAUCGAGCCCCGCUCCGGCCGCGUUCUGCAGGAGGCCAACUGCAAAAACCACAGAGUGAACCGGGUAGUCUUCCUGGGAAACAUGAAGCGGCUUCUCACAACGGGGGUCUCCAGGUGGAACACGAGACAGAUUGCCCUCUGGGACCAGGAGGACCUGUCCAUGCCCUUGAUCGAGGAAGAAAUCGAUGGGCUUUCUGGCCUCCUGUUCCCCUUCUACGAUGCUGACACCCACAUGCUCUACCUGGCUGGAAAGGGAGACGGAAACAUCCGGUACUACGAGAUCAGCACCGAGAAGCCCUACCUGAGUUACCUCAUGGAGUUCCGCUCCCCAGCCCCGCAGAAAGGCCUAGGGGUCAUGCCCAAGCAUGGGCUGGAUGUGUCUGCCUGCGAGGUGUUCCGAUUCUACAAGCUGGUGACUCUCAAGGGCCUGAUUGAGCCCAUCUCCAUGAUCGUGCCCCGGAGGUCGGAUUCCUACCAGGAAGACAUUUACCCCAUGACGCCAGGCACGGAGCCAGCUCUGACCCCCGAUGAAUGGCUGGGAGGCAUCAACCGAGAUCCCGUGCUGAUGUCUUUGAAGGAAGGCUAUAAGAAGUCCUCCAAAAUGGUAUUCAAGGCGCCCAUCAAAGAAAAGAAGAGCGUUGUGGUCAACGGAAUAGAUUUAUUAGAAAAUGUCCCACCCAGGACAGAGAAUGAGCUCCUCCGAAUGUUCUUCCGGCAGCAGGAUGAGAUUCGGAGGUUGAAAGAGGAGCUGGCCCAGAAGGACAUCCGCAUUCGGCAGCUGCAGCUGGAACUGAAAAACUUGCGCAACAGCCCCAAGAACUGUUAGCUCCCCGGCUGGGCUGUUUCUAAGCCAAUCUCUCCGUUGUUUCUACUCGUCCCGUAACUUCCCUGUAUCCGGUGACCCCAGAGACAGAGCCAGGACUGGAGCUGGGGGAGAGCCUGAGGACCCCACCUGCCACCUCGAGAACUGGAAGCUGACCUUUGACCUCUUGACCUCGUGCUAAUAAAAGCCCCCAGCCUCUCCUGGAGACUCAGGCCGGCAGCCCCACUCCCGGCUGCCCCAGGAGCCUCAGCUUCCCCUCGGCUGGGCAAAAGCCAAGGACUCCCAGAGGGGUGCCCUCCGUGGACCAGGGAGCGGAGGGGGAUGCCAGGACCCCAGUAGAUUUAGAAGUAACGUUUUCCCUACGAAGGGGGCUGCUGGGACAUCUCCGUGCUCCCUGCUGGGGCUCACAGCGGCCCUGAUGGACACCGGGAAGGGCUGGAUUGCAGGCAUCAGCUGGUCUCCCUCCCCCUGACCCCAGCCCUGGAAGCCUGAUUCAGCUGACAAGGGCUACAAGCAGCCCAGCUCCUUUGUCUCUUGCCCCCCUCUCUUAUCUUCAGGGAAUUAAGAGGAUUGCUCGCCAAGGCCAUAAUGACCCCUUUGCCUUCCCAUGAUGCUCUUCAAAGCUCUGGCAACACCCUUUUCCCAUUUACUUUGUGAGGCAGGCAGGGUAAGGAAUAGUGUCCCCCAGAUUUUACAAAUGACUGAACCAAGGGUUGCAACGGGGACGUGACUUACUAAGUCACGCAGCACGUGAACAGUGGACCCAGGACUAGCGGUGUCCAGACCGCGGGCCUGGCCCUUCCCACCGCAUCAAGAUGCCAAUCCCACAGGGACUUCGCCAGGGCCCAUGUCUCCGUGGAGGAGCAGGACUGGGAGCCACCUUUACCGCCUCCCCACACCAGUAGUGCCAAUGUGUCACACUGCCCAGUUGAGGCCCCUCGCACUCAGUGCCCCUGCGUCCUCCUGGCCCCACCCUCUGCUCUCGGCCCAGGGGGCUCCCUCUGAGAUGAGGCCUCUUCCUGGAAGCAGAGGCUGAGAAGGGGGGGGGAGGUCUGGCCCCAGGAAGGCAGGGCAGGGGCCUGAUGGCUCCGAAGGCUGCUCUGCGCACCUCUCACCCCCACACUCUCAGCCUCGUUCAGCCUUACGCUAGUAGAACCACCACAGCCCCUCAUGUCGGUGUAGCACUUUAAAGUUUACACAGCUCUUCAACACAUAGGAUCCCAUUUGAGCCUCACUUCAGCUCCCAGAGGCAGGGAGCGUUCUCCCCAUUUUGCAGAUGAGGAAACUGAGAAGUGGCCCAAGGUCCCAGGACCUGGGAGAUGCCACAUUUCACUUGGUCUUCUACAAUUUUCUUUUUUUCUUCCAUUUCUCCCUUCAUUUCUCACUACCUACGAGUCGGUGAACACUGUUCUCAGAAAAGUCAGUUAGGGGGUGACUUUGAGUUCCGGACUGGAGAUCAAGAAAUGAGUGUCCACUCUUCUCUCUCAUUAGCUAGAACCUGCUGCACGCAUUGUGCUCCACACCUGCUAGUCCCAAGGCCACCCUGCAGAAUAACCAUCCACAGAGGCAGGGCUCCCGAGGGCCCCUCUGGGUGACCUGGGCAGGGAAACCCCCCCACCCCCUCGGGCUUUUCCUCCAAGAACCUUUUAGCCUCUCAGCCAGCUAAAGCAGGGUCUCCUCACCCCCCUAGACCCCACAGCUAGACUGUGUCAGCUCACAUCUCCUCCCCACACUUCUGCAGCUUUUUUUUCUUCCCCACUGACCUUUGUGGUCGUCUGUGAUUAUUUAUGCUGCCUCCUGAGGAUAGAAUUGAAAUAAAAUGUUUUCAACUUAA